AUGUCAUCAGAAACUCUUCAAUUGAUUGUAUCUUCUCUUAGCCGAGAACCCUUCAAUAUGGGAUUGUCUGUCAUAACAUUUGAUUCAUUACCAUCUUCCAAAUUACUUCAAUGCUUGAGUGAUGUUCUAUGUUGGAUUUAUCAAAUCGAGAAAAUCAACAUAACUCAAGAAGCACCUGAAGAAACAGCAGUUAGAAUUUUCAAUAACUUGAGAAUCCUCAGGUUCAGACCACCAUCUGAUCCAGAAGAAUUAGAUGAAUGGAGAGCCGGAAUUGUUGAAGGAUCGAAGAAGGCAGUUUAUCCUGUACUUGCCUACAUUUUUUCUAACCUCGACAUGUUGAAAGAGCGAGUGUAUUUGUCGAAAUAUCUGGUAAAGGUCGAGAUCCCUAGUGAGGUCCAUGACAUGGAUACCGCGCAACUGCAGAAUGAAUUGGCUGAUUUGAUGGAGAAGUUCAAGGAAGUUCAUUCAAGGGUUACUGAUGUUCAACAAGAUUCGAUAAUUCUGGAUGAUAUACGCAGUGAUUUGAAAAUGAUGGAAUCUGAAAAAGAAGCCUUGAUAAGGAAAAUUGAACGAGCUGAACGAAAAGUUCAAAAAUUACCAGCUCUGGAGAGGCAUUUAUCUUCAGCGGAGUAUUUAAGAUCCCAACGUAAUCGUUUGGCUGAACUGAACGUACAAAGAACGGAUCAAAGAGAGUCGGUGAUACAUAUAGAUCAGAAAUUAUCCAGGUUUCGAGCACACUAUAACGAACUUCAAGCAGCUAGUAAAAAGAUCGAUCAUACUAUGCUCAUAGCUCAGUUAGAAGAUGAAAUCGCGACAAACAAUUAUUUGGUUAAUAAUAAGCUGAAAAACGAUAUAGCCAAUCGGAAACAAAUAGUAUCGGAGUUGGCAAAAAUAUCUGCCAUGCCAGCCAUUGACCAAAAAGAUAUCCAAGACCUCCACAAUGAGGUUAAAGAAACUACGAACAAUAUCAUGAAUAUGGAGCAAGAGCGUGAUCGCUCAGAGGAGGCAUUGGAUGAUAAUCUAAGCAUAUUUCGUCAUCAAGCUACAGCGGUUGAACGGAAGAAAGAAGCUGUUGCAGGAAAACUACAACAAACAAGGCAAACCUUGACUCGAAUGGAAAGCCAAAUCGAAGAGAAAAAGAAAGAGUUAAAGACGAAAUCGGGUGUGGAUGUAAUCAGCGGGAAAGAGUUCCGGAACUACGUCAACUUGUUACGAGCCAGAACUCAAGAAUACAAGAAGAAGCGUCAAGAACUAGAUGAGAUAAUUACCGAAAAGGGAACUCUCAUCCGUACAAUGGAAAUGCUUUCACGAAAGUAUAACACUCUAGUUGAUAAAAUUAAAGCAAUGGGUGGCGAAGUAGUGGCUUUUGGUGAACAGACAAAUAUGACUAAAGAACGGCCUCGCACAGCAGCUCCAGUCAUUGACGAUGUUGAUGAGCUGAGGAGAUUACUAAGCGAAAUGGUAGAAAACAUCGAAAAGAAAAGGGAUAAAAUUGACCCUCUGAAAAAAGAAAAAGAGAAACAACAGGAAAGAUAUACUUUGUUGAAUGAUUAUGUAUCUAGAAAUAAAACAGAGAAAGUGGAGAGGAAUGAACAGAAAGCUUCAGCCAUUGGAAAUUUAAAUACGGAUAUAGAGAACUUGGAACAACGUUUGGAAGAAGUUUUAAAAGAGAUUAAAGGACUAGACUCAAAAAUAGAGCAGUACACUGAAGAUCUGAAUGUCUUACGGUCUGAUGGUGAUGAACUGAAAAAGCGCGUUCAAGAAGAAUACCGUAAAGCCCAAGAAGUAUCAUCUGAUUUGGCUCGGCGGCAAGGAAUUACUGCCAAGUAUUCAGAAUUUGCCCAUCAACAGGUUAUAAUGUGGCGAGGUUUACAUAUGGUGUUCGAAGCUAAAAUGCAAGCAGUCAAAAAAGCUCAAGGAUGA